AUGGCAUACAGUGAGGGCUAUGGUCAGUACAGUGAGGGUUAUGGUUAUGGUCAGUACAGUGAGGGUUAUGGUUAUGGUCAGUACAGUGAGGGUUAUGGUCAGUACAGUGAGGGUUAUGGUCAGUACAGUGAGGGUUAUGGUUAUGAUCAGUACAGUGAGGGUUAUGGUCAGUACAGUGAGGGUUAUGGUCAGUACAGUGAGGGUUAUGGUCAGUACAGUGAGGGUUAUGGUCAGUACAGUGAGGGUUAUGGUUAUGAUCAGUACAGUGAGGGUUAUGGUUAUGGUCAGUACAGUGAGGGUUAUGGUCAGUACAGUGAGGGUUAUGGUCAGUACAGUGAGGGUUAUGGUCAGUACAGUGAGGGUUAUGGUCAGUACAGUGAGGGUUAUGGUCAGUACAGUGAGGGUUAUGGUCAGUACAGUGAGGGUUAUGGUUAUGGUCAGUACAGUGAGGGUUAUGGUUAUGGUCAGUACAGUGAGGGUUAUGGUCAGUACAGUGAGGGUUAUGGUUAUGAUCAGUACAGUGAGGGUUAUGGUUAUGGUCAGUACAGUGAGGGUUUUGGUUAUGAUCAGUACAGUGAGGGUUAUGGUAAGUUUUGUGAGGGUUAUGGUCAGUACAGUGAGGGUUAUGGUUAUGGUCAGUACAGUGAGGGUUAUGGUUAUGGUCAGUACAGUGAGGGUUAUGGUCAGAACAGUGAGGGUUAUGGUCAGUACAGUGAGGGUUAUGGUCAGUACAGUGAGGGUUAUGGUAAGUUUUGUGAGGGUUAUGGUCAGUACAGUGAGGGUUAUGGUCAGUACAGUGAGGGUUAUGGUCAGUACAGUGAGGGUUAUGGUAAGUUUUGUGAGGGUUAUGGUCAGUACUGUGAGGGUUAUGGUCAGUACAGUGAGGGUUAUGGUAAGUUUUGUGAGGGUUAUGGUCAGUACA